AUGUGCAUGGGUACUAUCUGUCAAACCUGCAGCAAGCAGACCUGGCUCGGCUGCGGCAGCCACGUUGCCUCCGUUUUCGCCAACGUCCCCGAGGAUGAGUGGUGCACUUGCGAGCCCAAGGUCGAGAAGGAUGGGAAGCAGUACCCGCCGCAGGCAAAGUAA